AAUCACAGCUCUACUUAUCUCCGGGGGCUGGGCUUCGAAGAACUCUCGCGACUUCUCGUAGUAUCUCGCAAGCGGCCAAGAUGGCGGCGCCCUGGAGAUCGGAAAUUAUAUUUUGACCAAAACAUGAGAAAAACUGAGCAAGGAAUACAUUUGGACCAGCAGUGAGCAGUGUGUAGCGUGAGGCCAGACAAUGAGAAUGUUGCGGUUGUUACGAGGAGUGGCGUACCUCCGUCAGGAGGUGAUGUCACAGGCCACAUGUGCACACAGGCAGUGCCACACAGGUGUCUGUAGAACUUACUGUUUCUGCCAGCCAGUUCUGGUGUCUGGGCUUACCUGUAUUACCAACAACAAGGUCCUGCAGACUGGACACACACCACCCCAGUACUUUGCUGUUCGUCACCUGUGUUCCUCUGACAGUGGGAAAACUGAAACACCUAAAGAGACAGGCAAAACUGCUGCCCCUGGAGGAGACAACAAGAAAGUAUCUUCAAGUAAAGACAAACUAGUCAAGACCAUUUACAGAGUAAAGCCCAAACCCAGGAAGAGAAUAGACUACAGUAAAGCCUAUACAGAUAACAACACCAUCACCGCAGUACGGGCCAUGAGCGAGUUUCUCCUCAAACCAAGUGAUCUGGAAGGUCUGAGGAAAACUGCUCGCCGCAGCCCGUACUCCGACCCCAACUCUCCUCCACUCAUGGUGUACCUACGGGCUGAUGUGGAACAAAAAGCCAUUGAGGUGUGGGGAAGCAUGGCCGCCCUGCAGAGAGAGAUGCAGAAAAGAGAAAAGAAUUCAGAUGCACAGAAACAGUACACGUUCAGAUAUAAGAAGGCGCUGAAGGAGUACAGAAAGUUUUUUGGAGAGGGCGGGGUGGAACCUCCCUUCAUCUUUGGCUCUGGCAAGCCUCAGGAUAGGUCAUACUUGGAGGAACCUGUCUACAGCUUGUUCAGUGGGUCUGGACGUGUGGUUAUGAUGGCCAUUGGCAUAAAUACGCUGAACUUUGUGUUCAAACUGGUGGCCUGGGUGUUUACUGGGUCUGCCAGCAUGUUCUCUGAGGCGAUCCACUCGCUAGCUGACACCAUCAACCAGUCCAUCUUGGCUUUUGGCAUCCAUCAAAGCAUCAGGAAACCCAACCCUGACCACCCGUACGGGUUCUCCAACAUGCGCUAUGUGUCGUCCCUUGUGUCUGGUGUGGGUAUCUUCUGUGUGGGAGCGGGCCUCUCCAUCUACCACGGCGUGCUGGGGCUGAUCGACCCACAACCCAUGGAGUCCUUCUUCUGGGCUUACUGCAUUCUUACUGGAUCACUGGUGUCAGAAGGAGCCACCUUACUUGCCGCUACUGCUCAUAUACGUAAGAGUGCCAGGGCCCAGGGUAUGCAGUUCAUGGAAUAUGUGUGGCGCAGCCGUGACCCGAGUGUGAACGUGGUGCUGUUGGAGGAUGCUGCUGCAGUGUUGGGUGUGGCUAUAGCAGCCACGUGUAUGGGGCUCACCUCACUAACAGGUAACCCCAUCUACGACGCGGUGGGGUCCAUCACCAUAGGGGGGCUGCUGGCCAUGGUGUCGGCUUUCCUCAUCUACACCAAUGCUGAGGCUCUGAUUGGUCGAUCCAUCCCACCUGACCAGCUGGACAGGAUCAUGCACAGUCUGGAGGAUGAUGUCAUGGUCAGAGCCAUCCAUGACAUCAAGGCUACAGAGAUGGGGCUGAACAUUGUCAGGUUUAAGGCGGAGGUAGAUUUUGAUGGCCGGGAGGUGACCAGGUCGUACCUGGACAAAGUUGACCUGGAGGCCUUACUACAGGAGGUACAGCAGUACCAGACCAUAGAAGACAUGGAGGGUUUCAUGUUAAGACAUGGAGAGAACAUCAUAGACAUCUUAGGAGCAGAGGUGGACAGACUAGAGACACAACUAAAGAAAAAGAAUCCAGAAGUCAAACACGUGGACUUAGAGAUCUUGUGAGGAUACCUCAAAUCAAGAGUUAGAUGCUUGUAGAGAUUAUCUUUUUCCCA